AUGGCUAGACCCAGGCAGACUCCACAGCUUCUACUGGCCAUUCUGGGGGCCCUGGUGGCCAUCGCCUACCAAGAAAGGAAGAAAACCUUUAUUAGUGUCCAAGAAGUGCCUGCAUCAGAAGCCUUCGUGGUAACCACCUUGGAGUAUGUGACCAGUGAGUUCAACCAGGAAAGUGAUGACAAGUACAACUUCCGGAUUGUGCGCGUCCUGAAGGUCAAGAAGCUGGUUACCGACCACAUGGAGUACCACGUGAACUUCGAGAUGCGGCGGACCACCUGCCCAAGGCUGGAGGCCAACAACUGCAGCUUUCAGGAAGGGGAGCUUUACAAGCAAAUCGAGUGCUUUUACUCAGUGUUUGUUGUCCCCUGGUUUGAAAAGUACAAAAUUCUGCGCAAAAAUUGCACCAAUGGCUAGGUGACCUGGAGCACACACCUGUGGUCACUAUAUGUGAAAGUGUCCUGCAAUAAGCAGUAACUCCCUGUACAGAAAAUAAAUGUUUGUCCACCUAUUCUCUUAAUGUUCUUAAUGUGUAAAAUUCCAUUUUUCCCCAAAUUCUUCAGUUCAUAAUAAUAUAGUCUGAAGGUCUUCUGGGCAGGGCAGUUUUGGGGUCCAAAUGAAAUGACAUGAAUAAUUUCAGGCCUUAUAGCCUACAUAACCUGCAUGAUAGCAGAACUUCACAUCCAGGAGGUUUCUUUAGAUUAAAACAAAACAGAGAAAGGGGAAAGAAGAGAGAAGAGGAAGGAAACGCUAAGACAAGAGAUAGUGGCAAGUAUGGACUAUGAUGGCACCUCUGAGGAGUCCAAUAAAGAGCACCCCCUUUCUUGUCUAACAUGCAAAACACAGAGAAAUAAUAUAACUACAAAAGCUAAAAGGCCUUUGUUGCUGAUCAGGACUAAGUUGGGAGCUGUGCCAUUUUGAUAGGCAAGUGCACUUCCUGAUACCAAAUUCUAGAAUUCAAUUUAGACGCCCAGCACCAGCAA